GUUCAUUUAAAUUUGUGCGAUGAACGGGGUACCUUUUGUUCAUAAAGUCGGUCGGUAUUCAAGAAAACGGUUUGCUUCGCCGUUAUGGACACCCCACAAAACUCUUUAAACACCACCUUUCAGGACGAUGAAGAAAUACAGGAUUUGUUAAAACGCCUCAAGGAUGCCGAAACGGAACUACAGCGUACUAAAGACGAGGUGGAGCAAGUAAACAAAGAUGUCAACGAAUGUAAAGAGGAGAUGGAUCGGAGGAUGAUGAUGAUGGUCCAGAUGGAUGAAGGCCUGUGGAAUGCAUUGCUUGAACUGGACUCUCUGAUGCAGGAGAAGAAAAGCCUUGCCACUCAGCUAAAAGAAUUAAUUUUAUCUAGUGCCAUAGAGGUGAAGCAAGCGCUUCUGAGAGGUUUGCAGGAAGAGGAAAGCGUCCUGCUGGAGCAGGAGCGUAGUCUGAAGCUCAGACGUGAGCAGCUGAGGAAAACACUGGCAGAAGCCUCAGAAAAAACAGAAGAAGUUUCACAGGGUGAGAAUCCAGUUAAACCAGGCUCAUCCAGCCGGAGUAAGCCCUACAGAAAAGCCAGUGAGAAAAAGAGGGACACGGAAAUAAUCACAUGGAGAAAAAAACAAACAAAACAAAACUUUUUUUUUUUUUUUUUUUUUUUUUUUUAAAUAUAUAUGUAGAUAUAGUACUAAAUU